CCAAGCUUCCUUCUUACCCAUUCCGGUCGUGAAACAGCUGCAGGUCCUGCAGGAAGCUGGCCUUAUCCUUUUGAAAACCAACUUUCCCCUAAAUCCCAAAACUUGUUCCGCUUUCGCACCAUCCUCCUUCGAAGGUUUCCGCGUCCAAGUCGUGGUUUACUUAGGCGUCAAAAUCACGAUGGGAUUGGAGGUUGAAGGUCAAUUCCCGCGAGGACUGGGGCGAGAUUAUCGAGGAGAUGGCGCUGCCACAGCGUUGCAUGACAACGAGUUUGCGUUGAAGAAGAUUAACGUCUGGUUUUUGGACAAGUACGAGAAAGUUAAUUUUCACGGUGAGUUGACGGAUCCGACGAAGAGGAGGACGACUAGCGGCAUAAUCGGAGGUGUUCAGCGAAGAUGUUGCACUCGGUGCAGGCGGUUUACAACACCGCAACUUUCCACCUACAAACGCUCACCUCGCGACGGAAGGAUGAAGUGCUCAAAAUCGAAUUCUGUUCCAAGGAUCUCAUCAACUCCAUGUUCCGGAUGCGCUUCCAGGAUCGGGAUCUCCCCGUUCAAGCACUUCACUUCCCAGUCGGGAAACAUCGACCACCCUUCCCGAAUAAACGGACAACUCCUCCAAGACUGUCCUGAUGAAGGCCGGCAACGUGACCAUCCCGUUCUCUACACUGCUGUCGCGCAUCGAAACGUCCAUCCGGAACCGUCCAGCCUGGGGUCUUCGGAAGUGACCAGUGGCGUACCGUAAGAAUCGGUACAGCUUGGACUCUGAUGUUGGCCAAUCUUGAG